AAAAAGAUGUGGCUCGCACUGAUCGUUCAAUGGCGUUCUUCAGUGGUGAUGAUAACCCAAACCUAACAAUGUUGCAAAAUGUUUUGAUGACCUACGUCAUGUAUAAUUUCGACCUAGGUUAUGUACAAGGAAUGAGUGAUUUUGCUUCUCCUUUGCUUUACGUCAUGGAAAAUGAGGUGGACACAUUUUGGUGUUUUGUUGAACUGAUGGAAAAAGUUGUGAGUUUCUUCAAAACGUCUUUACGGCAACGGAACUUUGAAAAAGAUCAAGCUGCUAUCAAGCUUCAAAUGUAUCAGCUACGUGACCUGGUGAUGAUAGUCAAUCCACAGUUAGCGAAUUACUUAGAGAGUCAUCAAUCCGACGACAUGUAUUUUUGUUUUCGAUGGGUUCUUGUGUGGUUCAAACGUGAACUUUCAUUUGUGGAUACCUGCAAACUAUGGGAGGUGUUGUGGACUGGUCAACCGUGCCCAAAUUUCUUGUUGCUCAUUUGCGUAGCAAUUCUUGACGGACAGAUGAACGUUAUAAUCGACAAUAAGUUCGGACUAACCGAGAUUUUAAAGCACGUCAACGAUCUCUCUAUGCACUUAGUGCUCGACGAUAUCUUGACAGCAGCGGAAGCAAUUUUCCAUCAGUUAUCAGCGAGUCAGGAUAAGUUACCAGCUCACAUUUGCGAUUAUCUCAAUCUUGGCGAAGGAGCCGCAAUUUCUGACCAGUAG